AUAAAUAUAAUGAAACAUAAGAUAAAUUUGUAGAUUACAGAAAUAAAUAAUAAAUACAUAAAACAAAAGAAAAUAAAGGGUUUCUAUGUAUAUACAUAUCAAUAUGGCAUCAAACAUGGUAUUCUCAUGUGAACUAGGUUUAAAAGAUUUUGGCGGUACAACCGUCAGCGUUGUGUCCUAACUUACAGUUAUAUGUAUGCUAUUCAGCUGAAUUUUGUAGUACACUAUACAUUGAAAGGACGAGAAAACGUGUUCAUUUGUAAUUAUUUUUUAAGGUAUAAAUACAUUCCUAGCGCAUUUAUUUGGACAUAAAUAUAAGAAGUUCGUAUUUUUUUUAAGAGAAAUAACUUCUGUAGAAAAACUCAAUAAAAAUAAUCGAUUUUAUACAAUAUGAUAUCCGCUAUUAUACCAAAGGCAGAAAGUUACGAGGUAGAGAAACAAAUACAGGAUGAAAAUAAUGGGGGAGAAAUACCCUUAAAUAGUCGAGUUAUCGAAGAAAAUAAGGGCACAGUGACUGACGCUAUGAUACUUCAAGAAAAUAGUAACGAUAGGAAAAAACUACGUAGUGGGAAGUAUAUUAAUAUAGAUCGCACAUCUGAUUUGAAUAAAAUUAAUGCAGAUGUGACUAAACAUCCAUCACCACAACAAAGGUCCCAGUCAAAAAAAUCUGUUAAAAGAAAAAGUAAUGGAAGUGAAGAGUUAGAAGCAAAAUCUCCUAUGUUAAUACAAAAAGAAGAAAUAAUAUGUGAUAGUAACACUGAUUUGGUAGUAAAGCAAAAACAAUCAGAUUCAAGUGAUGAACCUGAGAAUAUCCUAAAGAAAACUAAAACUGGGAAUAACGAUACAACGAAUACAGAAGAAUCCAAAAUAUUGCCCCAGAAACCUGUCAAUGUACAUCAAAAAUGUGAUUAUUGUUGUCAAAAGUUAACAAGCAUAGAUAUAAAAAUAUAUCCAGGGCAUCCUAAUGGUGCAGUAGAAGAAAUGAUUGCAUUAACAGAUCCUAGAUUAUCUUUAUUCACAGGAGAAGAAGCUAUGGUUCAUGAAAGUGAUGAAAGGCCACAAAAUAAAUUGACUCACUUCUGUGUAUAUGAUAAAAAUGGUCAUUUGUGUUCUUUUGAUACUGGUCUAAUUGAAAAGAAUGUGGUGCUUUAUUUUUCUGGUUAUAUGAAACCUAUUUAUGAAGAAAACUCAUGUCCAGAAGGAGGUGUGCCUACAAAAGACAUGGGACCAAUAAAUGAAUGGUGGGUGUCAGGAUUUGAUGGUGGUGAAUUGGCACUUGUGGGAUUUACCACAGCAUUUGCAGAAUAUAUACUGAUGGAACCUGCUGAAGCAUAUACACCAUUUAUGGAUUCUGUAAAAGAAAAAAUUUACAUGAGCAAAAUAGUUAUAGAGUUUUUAUUAGAUGAAAUAAAUCCUACAUAUGAAGAUUUAUUAAAUAAACUGCAGACGAUAGUUCCACCAAAAGGAUUGGCUAGAUUUACAGAAGAUUCUUUGUUACGGUAUGCACAAUUCAUUUGUGAUCAAGUUAUUUCUUUUGAUGCAUCAGCAGGACCAGAGGAUCCUUUAUUAAUUACAAGCCCGUGUAUGCGUGCAUUAGUAACUCUUGCUGGUGUAACAUUAAAUAAGAGGAUUGCGCUACGCAGAACGCAAUCUAGAGAUCCAAAAAAUAAAAAAGUCACUUGGACGAAAGCUACAACUACAAAAUUAGUCAAUAAUAUGUUUGAAACAUUUUUCUCUGAUCAAAUAGCUACAAAUAAUGACAAAGAAGUAUCGGGACCUAAAAGACAUAGGUGUGGGGUAUGUGAAACUUGCCAGCAGCCAGAUUGUGGAAUUUGUACAGCUUGUAAAGAUAUGAUUAAAUUUGGUGGAUCUGGAAGAAGUAAGCAAGCUUGCAACAGAAGAAGAUGUCCAAAUAUGGCUAUACAGGAAGCAGAUGAUUCAGAUCAAGAAGAUGACGAUUUUAAUGAUACAUUAGUAGAAAAUGUAAAGAUUACUCAAAAAAUGAUUUUGAAAGAAUUUAAACACGUAGAGAAAGAAAUUACAUGGGUGGGAGAGCCAAUCAUAGACGAUGGACGAAGAACAUUUUAUAACUCUGUCAUAGUUGUUGAUGAAGAAAUAAAAGGAAAUGAUUGUGUUUUAAUUGAAUCAAACGAUCCUACUGUACCAUUACAAAUAGCUAAAGUCAUUUAUAUGUGGGAAGAUAAAAAUGGUGCAAAACUAUGUCAUGCUAACUGGUUCAGAAGAGGUAGUGACACUGUACUUGGUGAAACAUCAGAUCCUUUAGAAUUGUUUUUACUUGAUGAAUGUGACAAUGUUCCAUUCACUUCAGUUAAAUCCAAAGCUACUGUCAUUUAUAAAACUUGUCCAAAAAAUUGGAAUGAAUUAGGAAAUGUAUUGCCAGAAGAUGAAAUACAAAAUAAAGAUGGGAAGACAUUCUUUUAUCAAAAAAAAUAUACUCCAGAAACAGCUCGUUUUGAGGAUUGUGCUUCAGAUCCCGAAUGUCCACGGAAAGAAAUCAGUCAUCGUUUUUGUCCUGCCUGUGUGCGUUUUACUACAUUGCAAUGUUAUUACACACCAAAAGUCUUUAAUAGGGAAGAAGAGAAGAGCAGCAAGGAAGUGACAUACAGUAUGGCAAAAUAUAAGGGCGAAGAAUUUAGAGUUGGUUCUACUGUAUUUUUAAUGCCAACGGCUAUAAAGUAUAAAUUUACAUCGACGUAUCAUAUUUCUCCCAAAGUAAAAAAAGGGAAAGUAGAUGAAGAUAUGUAUCCCGAAUAUUAUCGCAAAUCAUCAGACCAUGUGAAAGGAUCUAAUUAUGAUACACCAGAACCAUUUCAUAUUGGAUACAUAAAUUCAAUCUAUGCAACCACUAAUAAUAAAUUAGUUGCAUCAUCUGAUAUAUGGAUUAAAAUAAAUAAGUUAUAUCGACCAGAAAACACACACAAAGGACUCACAUUAAUGCAACAAGUUGAUCUCAAUAUGGUAUAUUGGAGUGAAGAAGUUUGUGAUGUUAAAUUUUCGGAUGUAGCCGGAAAAUGUUAUCUGGCAUAUUCAGAAAAUUUAGAUCAGUCUGUAGAAGAAUGGACUGCUGCCGGUCCAAAUCGUUUUUAUUUUUCUCAAGCAUAUAACGCCUUAGAAAAGACGUUUGUUGAUCCACCAUACUAUGCUAUGAAUAUUGGAAAAUCUGUGAUUGGGAAAGGGAAAGGAAAAGCAAAGUGCAAAAGUAAAAAAUUAGAGAAUAGUGAUAAGAAAAUAGUUGAUAAACCUAUAGAUUAUUGUAAGGUGAUAAGAAAGUUAAAGACGUUAGAUGUUUUUGCUGGCUGUGGUGGAUUAUCUGAAGGAUUACGGCAAGCUGGUAUUGUUGAUAACCAAUGGGCAAUUGAAAGAGACGAACCAGCUGCAUGUGCAUAUCGACUCAAUAAUCCUAAUACAACAGUAUUUUGUGAAGAUUGCAAUGUACUUUUAUGGAAAGUUAUGAAAGGUGAUCUUUGCGAUAAUAAUGGACAACGUUUACCUCAGAAAGGGGAAGUAGAAUUAUUAUGUGGUGGUCCACCUUGCCAAGGUUUUAGUGGCAUGAAUCGUUUUAAUUCACGGCAAUAUUCGUUAUUUAAAAAUUCUUUAGUUGUAUCGUGUUUGUCUUAUUGCGAUUACUAUAGACCAAAAUUCUUUAUUAUGGAAAAUGUUAGAAACUUUGUAUCUUUUAAAAGAAGUAUGGUACUCAAAUUAACGUUAAGGUGCCUUGUACGAAUGGGUUACCAAUGUACAUUUGGUAUUCUGCAAGCUGGAAACUACGGUAUUCCGCAAACAAGAAGAAGAUUAAUAAUAUUAGCUGCUGCACCUGGAGAAGUACUUCCAAAAUACCCUGAACCAACCCAUGUAUUUAGCAAACGGGCUUGCCAACUAAGCGUCAUUGUUGAUAAUAAAAAAUAUUCAUCAAAUUGUGACUGGAUAGAGUCAGCACCAUAUAGAACGAUUAGUGUUCGUGAUGCAAUGUCUGAUUUACCUAAUAUCCGAAAUGGGUGGAAUACGGAAGAAAUGGCUUAUAGCGAUGAGCCAAUAUCCCACUUUCAAAGAAAAGUAAGACCUAAAGAACCAGAUGCAAUAUUGAGAGACCAUAUUUGCAAAGAUAUGGCUCCACUAGUUGAAGCGCGCAUAGCACAUAUUCCGACUGCGAGUGGAUCUGAUUGGCGAGAUUUGCCAAAUAUUGCAGUGCGUUUAAGUGAUGGAACAUACUCAAAAAAACUAGAAUAUCUGUAUCAUGAUAAGAAAGCAGGUAAGAGUUCUACUGGAGCACAUCGUGGCGUAUGUAGUUGUUGCGCGGGCAAGAUGUGUGACCCAAUGGCUAGACAGUAUAAUACUUUGAUCCCGUGGUGUUUACCUCAUACUGGAAGACGUCAUAAUCAUUGGGCGGGCUUAUAUGGUAGAUUAGAAUGGGAUGGAUUUUUCGGUACUACUAUCACUAAUCCUGAACCUAUGGGCAAACAGGGCCGUGUCCUACAUCCGGAACAAACCAGAGUUGUCAGUGUAAGAGAGUGUGCUAGAUCACAAGGUUUCCCGGACUCUUUUCGCUUUUACGGAAAUAUACUUGAUAAACAUCGUCAAAUUGGUAACGCAGUUCCACCACCAUUGGGUGCUGCUUUGGGUUUCGAAAUUAGAAAAUGCUUAGAAGAUGAUGAUGCCGAUCAUAUAGAAAAGAAGAUGGAAGAUUUUCAAGAUUGAUAAGAAUAUUAUAAAUAUAAUCUUUAUAAAAAUUAAUAAUAGCAUACUAAGUUACAAAUUUUUUUUUAUCUAUAUAAAUUUAUACGCAUGUGUUCAGUAAAAA